CAGGAUGGACGUCGAGGCUGGGGGUGUGGCGACGCGGGGUCGGGACGCGGCGCACAGCCUGCUGGGCCUGGAGGCCCGCUGCGCUCUAUGCGCGUGCGCGUGCGCGUGCGCGAGCUCGAGGGGCCGGGGCGCGCCGGGGCGAGGCAGCGUGGAGACGGAGACAAGGUGCUGGGCUGCGCUAGUUGGUGGGCCCAUUCCUGGCACUGCCCAGCCCAUGGAAGGCCCGUCGCCCACGCCGCAGGCGCCUCCGCCGCAGGUGCCCCCGCCGCCCCCGGCCGCCGUGAAGCAGGAGGCUCGGGCGGGCCUGACACCUGACUCGCCAUGGCACCGCUUCCGCCACUUCCACCUGGGUGAUGCGCCGGGGCCCCGGGAGGCGCUGGGGCUGCUGCGGACGCUGUGCCGGGCCUGGCUGCGCCCCGAGGUGCGCUCCAAGGAGCAGAUGCUGGAGCUGCUGGUGCUGGAGCAGUUCCUGAGCGCAUUGCCCGCAGACGUGCAGGCCUGGGUGUGCAGCCGCCGGCCUCAGAGCGGCGAGGACGCGGUGGCACUGCUGGAGGAGCUGUGGGGACCGGCGAUGAAGGCGCCUAGGGAGGCUACCGAGGGCUCAGGGGUCUCUGUGGAAAAGGAAGAUGUGGGAGUGAUGCCCCUCGGAGACGCGGCCCCUGGGGCCGAGACUGCGGAGACAGGGGACGCUCAGGCCACGCGCCCCUACAAGCAGGAGCCGGACAGCCCCGCGCUGGUCCCGCCGGCACCCGACCUGCCCGCGCUGCCCGCCUUCCUGGGGACCCCGGGCGCCCCCACCACGUCCUGCCCGGAGUGCGGCAAGACGGCGCUGAAGCCGGCGCACCUUCUGCGCCACCGGCAGAGCCACUCGGCCGAGAAGCCGCACGCCUGCCCUGAGUGCGGCAAGGCCUUCCGGCGCAAGGAGCACCUGCGGCGCCACCGUGGCACGCACCCGGGGUCGGGGCCGGGGCCGGGGCCCGCGCUGCGCCCGCUGGCCACCCGUGAGAAGCCGCACGCCUGCUGCGAGUGCGGCAAGACCUUCUACUGGCGCGAGCACCUGGUGCGCCACCGCAAGACGCACUCGGGCGCGCGGCCCUUCGCCUGCUGCCAGUGCGGCAAGGGCUUCGGCCGCCGCGAGCACGUGCUGCGCCACCAGCGCAUCCACGGCCGGGCCGGGGCGGCGGGUGCGCAGGGCCCCGACGCGGGCCCCUUCCCGGGCUGGCCGCUGGGCUAGCCGCCCCCGCCCCCCACCCCCGUGCGAGCACACACCUCCUCAUCCCUGCCCUCAACUCUGCCCCCGCUCCCAGCCCCAUCCCUGCCUGGCUUCUGCUCCAGCCUGUUGACAUCCUGUCUUCGUGGCCCACCCCUCCCAGACCCUGCCCCGCGGGGGGGAAGGGUGCUCAGGGGAGGGGGCAGAGGCAGUAGGCAGACACCCACCCCCAUGCACAGGAGGAUGGAUGGUGUCCCUGAAAGCCCCCUCUCUCCGGGCACCCGGGGGCAGUGGGGAACAGGGAGGUGGGGUGAUCCCCACUAAAGAGGAUGGGUGUCCCUGGUCUCCGGGCACCCAGGAAGGCCACAGCGGGACAGAGAGGCCUGGGGGCGGGGGGUGCAGGAGACUCCACUCAUGGGCACCAGGACAGGAAUAAAGUCGUUGUUAACUGCA